AGCGCGAGGGAGGCGGGCCCUGACUGCGGUGGGCGGAGCCACGAGCGUCUGCUUCCGCGUUCCCCCUCCUCCCCCUCCCCUCCGUGUCUCCAACCUCUGCGUCCUGCUUACGCCGCGCACCGGGGCUGCUCGUGUUCAUGCCUGACGCUGCCUCUUCCGACUUAUUUAGGUGACAGAAGAAGAAGCAAAAAGUCAGCUGUACAAAGGUUCGCUGCCCUCCCUCCUCCCUUCUCUCACCCCCACCCUCUCCAGCGUUUAUUACCGCCUACUCCUCCACAUGCCUCCGAGUGCUGGGCCCCGGCGUACCGGCUCCAGCCAUGUCGGCGAGCGAGGCAGCGGCUGCCGGCGGUGACAGAGCCCCCGGGGGAGAGACAGGAGAUGUGUUGGAGGAGGGUCUCCAGAGUCACUCUGUCUCUGUUUCCAGUCUGGUGACCCCCACUUCAGCUGCUGGCAUGGCGUCCGGCAUGGAGCUGCCCAGGAAACGUAAGGGCAGCACUGACAAGGAAACAAAAUCUGCAUCGAUGCUGGAUGAAGACAUGGAGGAUGAACAGGAAAGGUCAGAAGGGGAUGAUCCACAUGUGAAAAUUAAGUGUUUCAGGGAACCUCACAGCCAAAUUGAAAAAAGGCGGCGGGACAAGAUGAAUAACCUGAUCGACGAGCUGUCAGCCAUGAUUCCCACGUGUAACCCCAUGUCCCGCAAGCUCGACAAACUCACUGUGCUGCGCAUGGCUGUGCAACACCUCAAGUCACUCAAAGGUGCAACCAGCUCCUUUGCCGAGGCCAACUACAAGCCUUCAUUCCUUCCUGAUGAUGAACUCAAGCACCUUGUUCUUAGGGCUGCGGAUGGAUUCCUGUUUGUGGUUGGAUGUGACCGGGGGAAGAUAGUAUUUGUUUCAGAGUCUGUUUCAAAGAUUCUGAACUACACUCGGCCAGAGCUGAUUGGCCAGAGUUUAUUUGACUAUGUUCAUCCAAAGGACAUAGGAAAAGUAAAGGAGCAGCUCUCAGCCUCUGAACUCUAUCCACGAGAACGCCUUAUAGACGCCAAAACGGGACUCCAGGUGCAAGCUGAUCUGCCUGUAGGAGCCACUCGACUCUGUUCAGGAGCUCGUCGCUCUUUUUUCUGCCGAAUGAAGUGCAACAAAGUUGCUGUUAAAGAAGAAAAGGACUUCCAGCCCAGCUCAUCAAAAAAGAAAGAAUCACAGCGUUAUUGCACCGUGCACUGCACCGGUUAUAUGCGCACUUGGCCCACCAGUCAGCUCGGAGCAGAGGGUGAGGCCGAGGCCGAUAAGGAGAGCUCACACUUCAGCUGCCUUGUAGCCGUGGGCCGUGUGCACCCUCAUACCAUCCCCCAGGCCAACGGAGAGGUCAAGGUCAAGCCCACAGAGUUCAUCACUCGCUGCGCCAUGGAUGGCAAAUUCACAUAUGUGGAUCAACGAGCCACCACCAUACUUGGAUAUCUGCCACAGGAGCUGCUAGGCACAUCCUGCUAUGAAUACUUUCAUCAAGACGAUUUGCCUCAUUUAGCAGACAGACACCGAAAAGUGUUGAGAAGUAAAGAGAAGAUCGAGACAAACUGCUACAAGUUCAAAACGAAAUAUGGCUCUUUUGUCACCUUGCAAAGUCAGUGGUUUAGUUUUAUAAAUCCCUGGACCAAAGAAGUAGAAUAUAUAGUGUCAACAAACACAGUCAUAUCUGAUAAGAGCAAUCCCAGUGGAUCAGGGGACAAGUCAGAACAGCCGAUAGAUUCCAAAACUUCGGAAGAGGAUGCGAAGAAAUCCCUCCCCAUCAUCCCUGGCAUCUCGAAUGCUUCAGGCACCAUGAUCUAUGCUGGAAGCAUUGGAACACAAAUAGCUAAUGAGCUACUGGAUUUUAAUAGGAUGAACUCUUCCCCAUCCAGUGGCAAUGCCAGCCCCUUCAGUCUGCUGCAGGACAAGUCUCCACUGGUUCUCGCUCAAGCCAGCAGCAAUGUGCCAAACGGGGAAGUGACAGAAACGCAUGUGCCCAGCAAGUCGAGCUCGGAGGAUGACUCACGUAGUGGACCCUUUACUGGAAAUGAAAAUGUCAUGGAGGGACCGUCUCAAUUGGAUCUGGACGGAGUUCCAGGGUUAGGAAGUCUAAGCAGCGACGAGGCCGCCAUGGCAGUCAUAAUGAGCCUGCUGGAAACUGACGCCAACCUGGGAGAGGGUGUGAACUUUGAUGAGAUGCGCUGGUCUCUCUAACUUCACAAGUCCAAUGUCUUUCCUUGAGUUUAAGAUUUUUUUCUUUUUUAAAGACCUUUUUAUUCCUUGUUGGAUGUUCAUUUUUUUAACUGGGCCCAAGAUCAUCCACAUCAUGUCUUCUACAAUUUUUAAUUGGCUAGGGUUUUUUUUAUUGCAGCGUGAGUCCUCCCAUGAUGCCUCAGUGCAAGAGAAAGAUAUACAGAGAGCAGUAAAAGACACCUGCAAUAUCUCUUGGGGUAUACCAUUUUCUUUUGUUUCCUUUGUGUAUCUUCCAGAAGAAUGAACAGCAGAAGAGUCUGCAUGUAAAGAAACUGCGUACCUUAUGCACAGUGACCAGAUUUUUAUUGGUCUUCAGCUGUGAGGACAAUAAUCGGCUGUGUUUUCCUAUGCUGAGAGAAGCAUGAGAAGCUUAGCUUUUAAUUAACUAAACUUGAUGGUUUUUAGGAGAAAAAAAAAAACAGUGAAUAUUUUACAGGAUUCUUACAUCCUUAAAGGAAGGAAGCCUGAUAGUUAUUAUUCUCUUUGCCAGAAGUGAUCUUUUGAACCCAACAUCAUGGAGGUGAAGAGACAAUCUUGUGCUCAUUUGUCAAACAGAAUGUUCUGAGAGAUCUGAAUCUUACAGAAGCCCUGAAAUGCAAGUUGUAAAAAAAUAUUGACGUGCCAUGUCAUUAUUUAGACAUAUCUCAUUAUUUUGACUUAAUAACUCAUUAUUUUCAGUUCUUUUAACGUAUUACCUCCUUAUUUCGAUGUUAUGUUAGUUCUGCUCCACUAAUUCGACAAGCGGCAUUCCAUCAGUGCUGAUAUUUAGUAUAACACGACUGGUACAUUUCAUUUCUAAAAUUCCCUGUGGCUGAAUCACAGUUGCUCUGAUAUUCAGUACACCAACACUCUUGCUCGUGCGAUAUUUCUUAAUUUUUUCAACAGAAUAAAUAAUAAUCCUUAUUUCAAGAUGUUGUUGUUAUUUUGACUGAAAGUCACAUAAGUGUUCUUCUUUGUGUUACUAUUAUUACUAUUAUUAUUAUUAUUAUUAUUAUUAUUAUUAUUCUCUCAUUAUUAACUUUCAAUUUCAAGGUGUUGUUUUUACAUAUCUCCUUAUCUUGAUGUCACACACACACACACACACACACACCCAACAAACUAUUAAUAAGAUUCAUUUAUUGAAUAUUAACGUGUAAUUCUUAUAGCUUGUGUUGUUAGUAAGCCAGACACUGCUUGCUUUACUUGAUUAGUGGAAUUCAGUUGACAUAUGCACAUCUAAUAAUUUGCUAAUUUUUAGGUAAAUGUGUUCAGGUAUGGUAAAGCAAACUCAACUAGUCAAAUCAAUCAAUAAUAAGUUGAAAUAAUAAGAUAUUACAUUGUUGUUUCAAGUUAUUAUAUUGUUAAGUUGAAAUAACAAAGUAUUAAGUUAAAAUAAUGACAUAGCAUGCUAACGUUUAUUUUUUCCACAGCUCGUAGUUCAGGGCUUCUGAGGAAUUGGCAUGUGGGGCUUGAACACUAUUUUGGUCUCUAAAUGAUUGCUUGUUUGUGUUUCAUUUGACCUUGAUUGAACCUUGAUCCAUAUCUGCACAGUUCUCGGUGAUGCUUUGCUCACGUAAAAGCAAGCUGAGUGGAUCUAAGCAGAGUGGAAGGGUGAGGCAGCCAUAUUACAACAUGCUUUUUCAGGAAGUAGUCUCUGAUAAGCUAUAUGUCACCAUAAAGAAUUGAAAAGAUGAAGAUAUCCAAAUGAAUCCAGAACACUCAGGGAGCAACUGGCUGGGAAGUUAAUUUUUUCACCCAUCUUAUACAAUUUUUGCAUAUUGGUCCUUUGACAUAUGCUUCCGCUGGCACACCAGGUUGGUGUAUAGGGUUUCUUUAUGAUUCAUACAUUUGCUAAAUAUUGCUUUUUGUUGCAAAAAUCACUCACAGGUAUCUUUUAUUGCAGAGAAAACUCUUUGUAGGAUGAAAGCGCAUUAGAGCACAUUAUAAACCUCAAGAGGCACAGCUUCUUCUCCACCCUCUGAGCUUUCCAACAUUGCUCCCUUUUGAACACUGAAUUUCUAGACACUUCAAUGUGAAUCUUAUGCAGAUUAAGCUAUACCAUACACCAAUCAGCUAUAACAUUAAAACCACCUGCCUAAUAUGGUGUAGGUCCCUCCUGUGCCCAAAACAGCUCUGACCCAUUGAGGUAUGGACUUCACAAGAUCUCUGAAGGAGUGCUGCUGUAUCUGGCACCAAGACGUUAGCAGCAGAUCCAUUAAGUCCUGUAAUUUGCGAGGUGGGGCCUCCAUGGAUCGGACUUGUUUGUCCAGCACAUUCCACAGAUGCUUGAUUGGAUUGAGAUCUGGUGAAUUUGGAGGCCAAGUAAACACCUUGAACUCUUUGUCAUGUUCUUCAAACCAUUCUUGAUCAAUUUUUGCAGUGUGGCAGGGUGCACUGUUCUGCUGAAAGAGGCCACUGCCAUUAGGGAAUCUCAUGGCCACUGUUGCCAUGAGGGGGUGUACUUGGUCUGCAACAAUGUACGUGUCAAAUGCAUGCCAGGACCCAAGGUUUCCCAGCAGAACAUUGCCCAGAGCAUCACACUGCCUCCACCGGCUUGCUUUCUUCCCUGCUCACGUGCCCGUUGUAGGUGCUUUCGGUGGUGUGCUACAAUUUGUGCUACAGUAGCUCUUCUGUGGGAUCAGACCAGAUGGGCUAGCCUUCGCUCUCAACACACACAUCAAUGAGCCUUGACCACCCAUGACCCUGUCGCUGGUUGACCGGUUGUCCUUUUUGAUAGGUACUAACCACUCCACACCGCGAACACCCCACAAGACCUGCAGUUUUGGAGAUGCUCUGACCCAGUCGUCUAGCCAUCACAAUUUGGCCCUUGUCAAAGUCUCUCAGAUCCUUUGCUUGCUCAUUUUUCCUGCUUCCAACACAUCAACUUUGAGAACUGACUGUUUACUUGCUGCCUAAUAUAUCCCACCCCUUGACAGGUGCCAAUGUAACAAGAUAAUCAAUGUUACUGACAUCACCUGUCAGUGGUAUUAAUGUUAUGGUUGAUCAGUGUAUUUGAGAAGAUAAUUAUUUUAAAUAGCCAAUCUGGUUGUUUAUUAGGCCUGUCGAGUAUGGUUUGAUAGAAAGAAUUUAGAAAAAUCUUCUUUUCAAGUAUUAAUGGUGACGUAUUUAAAAAAAAAACAAAAAAAAAACAGCUGUUCAGAUAAGAUAUUAAAAAAAUUUAAGCAUCUAAUGGCCUUAUUUAAAGGCAUUUGUUUGAUUCUGUGUACUUGCAUACCAAAGUUGUUUAAUCUGACAAGAUAACGCAGGUUCUAAAUACACUAAAGCCAUUUCCUGUAACUGUUUUAUCAGUAUUUGUUUCAAACAGAUUGUACAAAAUAUCCUCAUUCAUAUUGAAAAUUACAUACACCACCUAGACUAGUACUUGAAGGUCCUGUUCCAUUUCUACUGUAAGGUUACAUGGCCAGUGUAGGUUCUCCUACUGCGUUGUCCCUUUCCCCAUGCCGGACUUUUUAACACAUGGACUGAUGAAUAUCAAGGAACAACUUUCCUUUAAACCUGUGAUAUUUAGAGGAAUUUGGAGGCUUGCUGUGGUUUGAUCAGUUGGGGCCUUAAGCACAGGACAGCUGUUCUCCCGACCCACACGAACAAGCAGUGAGCUGUGACAGAUGUGCCAUACAUGAACGGCAAAAAAAAAAAAAUUUGUUUUGAGUUGCUGUUUUUUUUUCUUAGUAUCUAUGUACUGUAUGCAUUCACCCCCUAGCAUAGGGUCACUGUCUUUCGGUGUGAAUAUGUGCUAUAUGCACUGGCACUAAGCAAAAAAUGAGUACUGUACUUAGUUUAGAACCACAGCCAUUACACCUUCAACUACAUCAGUCUUAGUUUCAGUUGCACUGAAAUAGCCUGCAUAGAAAUAUGGUAGAUAUAUGUUGUUGAUCUAGUGAUAUUCAUGCAUGCUGGCCUUUUUGUGUAACUGGUCAUUUUGCUUGAGGUUUCUUUUCUUUCUUUUUUUUUUUUUUGUACUGCAUUUUUGUAGUAUUGGAUAAAGGUAAUGUUUUGCCUUAUGUCAUGGACUCAAAAGUCUGUCAUUCUGAUAUUUUUCCCUUGUUAAUGUCUUGGAGAGUGGUGAUUAAUUCACUGAAGACUGUUUUACUGGGGACACUCAUAGUUCCUCCAGUUCCUCCUUCCAUGAACUGCUUGCGAGGGGAAUGUGGUUGGACAUGGGAUGUGCAUCACUCUGUACAAGCCUCUGAAAAAGAAAAGAAGAGGAUUUCAUCAAGACCACAAUCAAAACAUUGUCUUCAUCUUCCUGUGUUUUAUAAGACACUUGAGUGUUUGAUGCCAUGGCUGCUGCUGCGAACAGGCCUGGUUCAUUACAGAGAAGCUGUCUCUAUCUAGGCUAUCCUGUACAAAAUGACUCUUAAAUAAAUAUUAGUUUAAUUUA